UUUUUUAUACUGAACUGGUUUAAGUAUUUUAUUUGUACAGUUGUGUUGAAAGUUGUAUGUAAUAAAUAAAAGUUAGCUGUUGCAGGUUAUUUAGAAUAUAUAAGAAUUGAAUUCAAAUGUUAAAUCAGGAUAUUUAAUUAUUUCAGUUUUACCGUAUUCCUUCGUUUUUGAGCUUCAAGUUUUAAGACUUUUCAGGUUGUUGGAAACCCUUGGUUACUAAAUGGCGGAUAUCUUCCAGAAUUUAAGUUAUAAACAUACAGUAACAAAAUGUCCACAUUUGAAUAAAUUUCGGUAUGUGGUACACGUAGUUAUGGAAACUAGGAAUUUUAACGUGUUGCCCCAUUUCAGAUAGUUAACAACAGAUUUGGUUUUAAAAGUAGAAAAAAAUUCACAGUCAGGAAGUCCUUCCAUUUUAUCAAGGAAAAUCACUGAUAAUGUAAUUUGCAAACAAAUAAAAAUUUAUUUUUUUUGGUAAAUAAUUAAUAGAUACUGUGAUUUCUUACUUUUCUCAUUGUAGUACAACAAUUCCUUAUAUAUUCCAAAGUGAUAAGUAUCCAAAAAAAUAUAUAUAUAUCACUUUUCAACGAUGAAAGAUCAUUAUCAAGCCUAAGAACCGUUGUCAAAAUAUUUUGGCUAUUAAUAUUCUCCCACAAAAUCUUAUCUUUGUAUUCUUUGCAAUUUGCCAGAUAAAGUAAGAAGUGAAAAACAAGACAGAAGUAUUAGUAAAUUCGUCUGAUUGGUAAGAAGUUUGUACGCAUAGAAAUUAGAUGCAUGGAUUUUACUUUUACCAUUUCUCAAUGUUGCAAUCAAAGGAAUGGUUAUAAAGGAAUUGAAAGUGAAUUUACUUCGAAGCUAUCUGUUUAGUGAAAAUCGUAUCACGUGGGAUUAAAAUUGGUUAUAAUUUCUCAGAGUACAAAAAUAUGGCAAAUGAAUCAAUUUUAAUUGGUUUGAUUUUCUUAACCCUAAUAGCAAACGCGAACGCAGCUCUCACGUUAGGAGAGCUGAUGAGGUUGAGCGACAGGUUGAAAGCAGAAUGUUUUAAGAAGCAUGCACAAGCACAAAGGAAUAAUGUUGGUUGCGCAACCUCUUUUGAUAGUUUCUUUGGAUGCUGGCCUCCAACACCAAAAAAUUCCACCGCGAAGGGACCGUGCAAUAACCUUCUUUUUGAUGAACGUGAUAUGGUUGAUAGAAAAUGUGAUGUUAAUGGAAAAUGGGAAACAGUAGAUUACGCUCUAAAAUGCAAACCGUUAUCGCGCGAGGAAAGCGAAAGACGAAGAAAAGCAUUUCUUAUAGGACAUAAAGUCUCAACAGCAGAGGAGAUUGAUAGAGUCAAAAAAUUUUAUGACGUACACCGACUGUUAUUAUGGACAAUACGAUCUCUGGAUGCCAUCGUCUGCAUCGUGAGUGUCGCACUUAUCCUCUGGUUAAUUCCGCUAAAAAACAGUCGGUUUCUGCUUCAUCUUUUCCUUAUCAUUGCCAUCAUGUUACAUGACAUUCUCCAGUUGGUUCUAUUGUUUCCAGAGGUAACACCGUUCGCAUGUACGAUUAUAGGAUUCUUCGUGGACUACACACUUCAAGUGACUGUGUUUAUGAUGUUUUGCCAAGGGUUGUAUCAAUUUCGGCAGUUCUAUUUUGUUUUUAUCACAAAAAAAAGAUUACCGGCGUAUAUAGCAUUCGCUUACAUAACUCCACUGAUUAUUGUUUUUGGUAUUUACGUACCAUUGAUACUCAACGAUCCACCAAUCAAAGAUUAUAUAAUAUGCUAUCAAUUCAUGGAUCCCAGAAAGUUUUUUUUGGUUAUUUAUGGACCAAUCAUAUUCCUUCUUAUCGUUAAUAUUGGUAUUCUCGCAUUUCUCAUGAAGCUAAUUAUUUCAAAACUUAAAACAGACAGAACGUCAGAGCUGUUGAAAAUGAAAAAAGCAGCACGAGGACUCAUCAUAUUACUUAUGUUAUUGGGAUUAUUUUAUGGGCUGAGCAUUUAUGGCACAGGUUUAUAUGAUUGGUGGCACUUGACACGCAUAGUUUUGGUGACUACUCAGGGUCUCCUGAUUUGUGGAAGUCAGGUGUUUAUCAGCAAACAGGUGCAAAAAGCCUUGAAGCGAAGAGUGAAUAGAUUCCUGGUGAAUAGGAAGAUCUGCAAAAGCAAAGCUCCUUGUCAUAAAGGAGGACAAAGCGGUUCAUUUAAUGGCUACGACAAUGCAAAACGAACAUCCACAGCCUCUACACUAACAUUGGUCAGUCUUUGCAAAGGUGGUUGGAGAAAGAAGAAGAAAACAGAAGAAAAAAAGCGCAGAAGCGAGGAUUUUAAUUACAUCCCAAAUCCAGUGACCUCUACAAGCAUUGCUAAGAGUGAGAUAAUGGCUGAUGUAACAUCAGCUGUGGAGGUCGAGGCGCAAAUCAUCAGCAGCCACCAAGCUGUGUACUUGCAUGUGGUAGAAAGUGGCGUAAAUGAAGAUGACAGGAAACAUACAGAUGUUCAAGCCGAAAAAUGUCAUGUUAACGAAGGGUUCGAGUUGGAAGAAAAAAACAUCAAUGAAGGCGAUUAUCAAAACACUAAAGUGUCGGAUGAAGAAAAUGUUGCAAAAAGUGAAAAUGGUGGACCACCCGACGGAGUUUGAAUGACGAUCUAUACGAAACAAAACAGACAUAGUUGGUCCAUAAGAAAAAUAAUAUGGUACAAUUUGAACGUUAAAAGCUGGUAUAUAUCUGUAAAUUAUUGCGAAGAAUGAAUAUUUAUACUCAAAUUGAAAACAUUUGUUGCGAAAUGCAACUUUGAAUAAA